UGCUUCUUGUCUGAAAUCAACUUUAACGACAGGGGUCAAUGGACUUUAAACUGUGGUGCAGCCUGACACACAAGGACCACACACAGCAGGAAACACAAAAGAUCACUUAAUUCGAGGAUUCAGGAGAAAGGGAAAGUGAGUUUUUUUCCAGCACCAGAGGAAGACAUUGAGUAACAUGACAGACUCCGCCGCGGUCAAGGAGCUGGUGUCCAAGUGCCUCGCGGCUCGCGGCUUCGCCUACUGUCCCUACAGCCACUUCCCCGUGGGCGCCGCGCUGCUGACCACAGGGGGCGCUGUGAUCACAGGGUGCAAUGUGGAGAACGCCUCCUACGGACUGUCGGUGUGCGCAGAGAGGACAGCCGUGCAGAGAGCCGUGGCAGAGGGCUACACCGAAUUCACCGCCAUCGCUGUCACUUGUGACGUUGAGGACAGCUUCGUGGGACCCUGCGGGGCCUGCAGACAGGUGCUGCUGGAGUUUGGCCAGCAGUGGGAUGUGUACCUUGUCAAGCCGGACAGCUCCUUCAGGAAGACCAGCCUGCUGGACCUGCUGCCCCUGGCCUUCUCUCCCUCGCACCUGGGCAGGAAAUAACACAGCCCCUCCCCCUGCUCAGGCGGAGCGGUGGCUCUGUGGCUCAGGAUCUGCACCUGUGGCUGACUCAAAUCCAACGGCCGGCAGAGGAAUCCUACUCCG